AAGGGAGCCGGCAGCGUCACUCAGUCUCAUUUCCAGCGACAAGAGCUCGGAGACGGCGAGCAGCUCAGUAAUCCCACAAACCGCCCAGCACACGAGAAACCAUGUCUAAGGGACCAGCAGUUGGUAUUGAUCUCGGCACCACCUACUCUUGUGUGGGAGUCUUCCAACAUGGCAAAGUAGAAAUCAUUGCCAAUGACCAAGGUAACAGGACAACACCAAGUUAUGUGGCCUUCACAGACACCGAAAGGCUCAUUGGAGAUGCUGCUAAAAAUCAGGUUGCAAUGAACCCAACAAACACCGUUUUUGAUGCCAAGCGUUUGAUUGGCCGCAGAUUCGAGGAUACAGUUGUGCAGUCUGACAUGAAGCACUGGCCCUUCAAUGUUAUAAGUGAUGGAGGCAGACCAAAGGUCGAGGUGGAAUACAAAGGUGAAACAAAAUCUUUCUAUCCAGAGGAGAUCUCUUCCAUGGUCUUGGUGAAGAUGAAGGAAAUUGCUGAGGCUUACUUGGGCAAGACCGUGUGCAAUGCAGUAAUCACUGUACCAGCUUACUUCAAUGACUCUCAGCGUCAAGCUACAAAGGAUGCAGGCACAAUCUCUGGUCUCAAUGUGUUGCGUAUAAUUAACGAGCCAACUGCUGCAGCUAUUGCUUAUGGCUUGGAUAAGAAGGUUGGAGCAGAGAGAAAUGUGCUUAUCUUUGAUCUUGGAGGUGGAACUUUUGAUGUCUCCAUCCUGACCAUUGAAGAUGGUAUCUUUGAAGUAAAGUCAACAGCUGGUGACACUCACUUGGGUGGAGAAGAUUUCGAUAACCGCAUGGUGAAUCACUUUGUCGCAGAAUUCAAAAGGAAACACAAGAAGGACAUCAUUGAAAACAAGAGAGCUGUUCGCCGUCUCCGCACUGCCUGUGAACGCGCAAAGCGUACCCUGUCAUCAAGCACUCAGGCUAGCAUUGAAAUUGAUUCCCUCUAUGAAGGAAUUGACUUCUACACCUCCAUUACAAGAGCUCGUUUUGAAGAACUUAAUGCAGAUCUGUUCAGAGGAACCUUGGAUCCAGUUGAGAAGUCACUCCGUGAUGCCAAACUUGACAAAUCACAAAUUCAUGAUAUUGUUCUGGUUGGUGGGUCCACUCGUAUUCCUAAAAUUCAGAAGCUGCUUCAGGACUUCUUCAAUGGAAAGGAACUAAACAAGAGCAUAAACCCUGAUGAAGCUGUUGCCUAUGGUGCAGCUGUACAGGCUGCCAUCUUGUCUGGUGACAAGUCAGAAAAUGUCCAGGAUCUUCUCUUGCUUGAUGUUACCCCUCUGUCACUGGGUAUUGAGACUGCCGGUGGUGUAAUGACCGUCCUUAUCAAGCGUAAUACAACAAUCCCCACAAAGCAGACACAGACCUUCACCACAUACUCUGACAACCAGCCUGGUGUGCUGAUUCAGGUGUAUGAAGGUGAGAGGGCCAUGACCAAGGAUAACAAUCUGUUGGGUAAAUUCGAGUUAACUGGCAUCCCUCCAGCUCCCAGAGGCGUUCCUCAAAUUGAAGUAACAUUUGAUAUUGACGCGAAUGGCAUUCUCAAUGUAUCUGCUGUGGACAAGAGCACAGGCAAAGAAAACAAGAUCACGAUUACAAAUGACAAGGGUCGUUUAAGCAAGGAGGACAUUGAACGUAUGGUCCAAGAAGCUGAGAAAUACAAGGCUGAAGAUGAGAAGCAGAGAGACAAAGUUUCUUCUAAGAACUCCUUGGAGUCCUAUGCUUUCAAUAUGAAAGCAACUGUGGAAGACGAGAAGCUUAAAGGAAAGAUCAGUGACGAGGACAAACAGAAGAUCAUGGAUAAAUGCAAUGAGAUAAUCUCCUGGCUAGACAAGAAUCAGACUGCUGAAAAGGAAGAGUUUGAACACCAGCAGAAGGAACUGGAGAAGGUUUGCAACCCUAUUAUCACCAAACUGUACCAGGGUGCAGGUGGCAUGCCUGGAGGAAUGCCUGGUGGUAUGCCAGGAGGCUUCCCAGGUGCUGGUGAACACACCGGUGGAUCAUCUGGACCCACUAUUGAAGAGGUCGACUAAUCCUAAAAUGUGACCACAUUCCUUGGGUUUUCUCGUCUCUGUUCCUAGGACACUUUGUAUUGGCUGUUCAGAAUUAAUUCCCAUAAGCUGCUGUAAAGUUAUUUUCAGGGGCAUUAAUACUUGAAGUCACUCCAUAAUGCAGGAGAAAAGAACACCAUUGCACUUACUCACUGUACUGUAAACCUAUGGGUCCAGACGAAUAAAAUCCUCCUUAAUUGGC